GUACUGAUUGAGACAUUGGUCCAUUUAGGUGCAUCUGUGAGAUGGGCUGCCUGUAAUAUCUACUCCACCCAGAAUGAGGUAGCAGCUGCCCUGGCAGAAUCAGGUUACCCAAUAUUUGCCUGGAAGGGCGAGACUGAGGAAGAUUUCUGGUGGUCUAUUGAUAAAUGUGUCAAUGCUGAUGGCUGGCAACCAAACAUGAUUUUGGACGAUGGUGGUGAUGCGACUCAUCUUAUGUUGAAAAGGUACCCAGCCUUGUUCAACAUGGUGAAAGGUCUGGUAGAGGAAAGUGUGACUGGUGUGCACCGACUUUACCAACUGUCAAAGGGUGGCAAACUUACCGUACCAGCUAUGAACGUCAAUGACUCUGUAACAAAGACAAAGUUUGACAACUUGUAUAGCUGCAGAGAAUCUAUUUUAGAUGCAUUGAAGAGAACUACUGACAUCAUGUUUGGAGGGAAACAGGUGCUAGUCUGUGGAUAUGGUGAGGUUGGGAAAGGUGUGGCUUCAGCAUUAAAAGGUUUAGGAGCUAUUGUCAUGGUAACAGAGAUUGAUCCUAUCUGUGCUUUGCAGGCAAGUAUGGAUGGGUUUCGUGUUGUACGAGCUGACGAGGUCAUUAAGAAUAUUGACGUGUUAAUCACGUGUACUGGAAACAAGAACGUGGUAAAUCGUGGACACAUGGACAGAAUGAAGACAGGAUGUAUUGUGUGUAAUAUGGGACAUUCCAAUACUGAAAUUGAUGUGAAUAGUUUACGUACUCCAGAUUUGACAUGGGAGAAAGUUCGUUCACAAGUAGAUCAUGUUAUAUGGCCUGAUGGCAAGAGAAUAAUCUUGUUAGCUGAGGGUCGUCUUGUAAACUUGAGUUGUUCAAGUGUGCCAUCGUUUGUUGUUUCUAUCACAGCAGUUACUCAGGCGCUAGCUUUAAUAGAACUGUAUAAUGCACCUGCCGGCAGAUACAAGCAAGAUGUCUACCUCUUACCAAAGAAAAUGGACGAGUAUGUUGCUCUCCUUCAUUUAACCACAUUUGAUGCACAUUUAACUGAGCUCACUGAUGAACAAGCCAAAUAUCUCGGACUCUCAAAGACCGGCCCAUUCAAGCCCAACUAUUACAGGUACUAAUAAUAGCACAGUUUAGGAAACCUAACAAUCAUUGGAUCGAGGAUUUACACAUGGAGUUAGGAUGUAUCUCACUUGUAUCACAUCAACUGGAUUGUCCUGAAACUAAUCACAAUACAGAAUAAUAAAAGACAAAAUCACCAGACUAUUCACAACUCCACAGUUAUAUCUCAAUAUCUGACAGAUUUCAUUAUUUAUUCGAGACUGGCUAUCAAGAUUAUGUGAUGUGACUGGUUUAUCACAUUUUUACCAGUAGACUGGUUUGUUUUCUUAUAGACUGAGAUACCGAUUAUUCAUGACUUUAAUUGUAUACUGCUUUCUAAUUUAAUGAUCUUCACAUGUUUUGCAAUAACUGUUAAUAUGUUUAGAAAAUUUGCACUGUCAUUAUGAUUAUGAAAUUUCUUCGCUAAAUUACUUGUUUUCUUGAUCAAAAUUGUUUCAUGUGUAUAAAAACGUGUAAUUUUCAAUUUUAUUCUAGAGUCACAUUCUGCAUAACUGCAUUCCAUGAUAGAAUAAAUAUACAAAUGUAUAGAGUAAAAUUUACAAAUUUUUGCGUUUAGAUAAGAAAUUUUUUAUAACGAAAGAUGACAAGUUUGUGGAUAAAUUUUGUUUUUGAUACGAUAUAUGUUGCUAUGGUAACAUUGUUUUAGUUGUUAUAGCAAUUAAACAAACAUAUCAUAUGAAUCUCUGUAAUUCUGCACCAUUAGAAUCGUUCUCCCUUCCCUUGUUUGAUCUUUAAUUUCAUUUGUCCGUGGACCGAAAAGCCCUGAAGUACACAUAGUGCAUUAUUAACUAUAUUGAGAGAUUGACAAAUUUUCUUGUAGUAAUAUUAGAAUUGUUUAACAAUACUUGAGAAAGAAAAAAAAAGGUUUAUUAUAUAUAUAUAUUGCAUGUUAGUGAGCUUUAUAUUAUACCCAGAUGUUAAACAUGGCGUUUUUUUAGGUUUUGACAAAAUGAAACUAAUUUUUACUCCCGUCUUACAUACGCAAUGUCAGCGAUAAUUUGUUAAAUUUUUUAAUAAAAACUGUUUUUGCCAAUGAAAUAUUACAUGACAGUAUUCUCCAGUGUUAUUAACAAAGCCAAGUGUUUUGUUUGAAUCGUUUUUGACAUAUUUUGUAGUUACUUGGGCUGAAGAAAUCAUGUGUAUAUAAUUUUGCAUAUAUUAUCAGGAAAUCUUAAUUAUGGUAACAUUACAGGUUUUUUAUGUAAAUAAUUAUUGUGUUAUACAUGUAUAUAUAUUGGGACUUGCCCAUAUGUCAUGUUGAACACUUUAUUCUGCUUUCACAAGAGUGUAAACUCUAAAGUUUUGCUUUUAAUGAAACAUCCAGACAUUUCAAUUUGACACUUAUUCCAUCCUCUAAGUAUUGAAUCUCUGAACAAAUGUGGCAGCUUUGACUUUUCAGCAGUUACUUCCCUUUGUCAUCACAAUAAAAUUAGAUCCGUCUGCCUAGCUAUCUAAUUAUAGCCUUUUGAUACGGAGACUGUUAACAUCAACAAUUUAGACAACAAAGUUAAAAGCAGGCUUCGUCAAUUUCACACAUUGAGCUUGAUCAGUGCUGAAUUAAAAAUACUUUUCCCCGGUUUUUAAUUUUUCGAUUUAGUUUUGGUACAAAACAAUUUCAGAUAAAACAUUAAUUUUGCACCAUAAAAAUAUAUUAGUUUUACACCAUAAAAAUUCCGAGUUGUGUAAACAUUUUUGUGCUCAGCUUGAAGAAUUUUCAGUUUUGAAAACAGAGUCAAGUGUUUAACAUGUAUGUGAUCUGUGUAAAAAUGAAAGUAUUAAAGAGAUGAUAUGUCAGUGUGGCUUUCUGAAAAGGUGAUCAUCACAAUGUCGGGGCAAAAUCAGGUGAGUUAGUGUUUUUGCCAUAUAAUAAUGAUUUUUAGACUUGUAACCAUAGUGAUUUUCAAAUCUAAAAUCUUUGAUUUGACCUUUCUUGCCUACCGAGUUACAAGAAGAAUAAAUCGAUGAUCGCUCUGUAGUAAGCAGUUGCCAUGGCAGUGUUCUAUAAUUAUUUUCAGAUUCAAGGACUGGAUUGUGAUAUUAUAUAUUUUUGUCAUUUUUUUUUUUCCAACUAUGUAGCUCAAAUA